AUGAACACCAACUACGGUACUUUACUUAUUGGGUUGCUUAUAGACAGUGAUCUUAAUGUUGUGCCUGCUUGGUUUUUCUACUGUGUGUCCCUGCAGGUGAGAGAGACACUAGCCGCUGAGACGGGACUGACGGUGCGUGUGGUUCAAGUGUGGUUUCAAAAUCAAAGAGCCAAGAUGAAGAAAAUAGCCCGCAGACAGCAGCAACAACAGCAGCAGCAGCAGGAGCAGGAGCAGCUGGGAGGAAGCCGGAGAGGGCCGAGCCGAGGGGGGCGUCAGAGCAACGACGACAGCGAGGACGGCUCUAGUACCCAUGGAAUGGAUGGUAUCCUGGGAUAUCCUUCUUUGCCACGUCAGCAGCUACUUGCCCUGGACAUCUACGGAGGGGAGUCCUUUCGGCACGGUCUUACACCCCCUCAGCUGGGCAGCGAGCAACUUCAUCCCUAUGACUCUGAGACGGUAUUCCAUGACCUCGACAGUGACGGGAGCCUCGGUCACCUCGGAGACUGCCUCCUAGCGGCAGGAGAUGGUGGGCUCCUGCCGGGCCGUGUGGGAAACCCCAUUGACCGUCUGUACUCCAUGCAGAACUCCUACUUCACCUCCUGACCCUUAUAAACUCACUGCCCUCAAACUAAGUCCACUUUCCACCUCAGAGAUGCAGCUAUAGGGAGUCGGAGCAUUUGGACACUGCUGCGGAAACAACAUAACAACAACAUUUUUAUGCUUUUAAACAGAAAUAUCCAAUAAUUUGUCAUGAUACCCAUGCAUAAGACUCUUGCAUUCUUCAGCUGUCUUUCCUAUAGAUCAUAUGCUGGAAAUAUAAACAUGUAAAGACCUCAGUUUGGUUAUAAUAUUGUGCCGUGGGGAAAUGAGACAAUAGACCCAUCGUAGAUUGCUAUUACAAAGUAAUAACUCUUCAUUACUAACAAAAAGACUCACUGAAUGGGUAAAAUAUUGGAAACAGGUGUGCUACUAUAGUGAUGGACUGCAGGUUAUUCAGGACUGUAUGGACUAGUGUACAGUUUUGCUCUCAGGUUUGUGUGUAUGUUUAUGUUGCCUGAGCUCAUACUCAGGAUAUUGUGCUGGCCUGCCCACUGACUACAAGUACUGCAUUAAUGACAAUUAAAAUACCCAUCGCAAGAUACUUCUCUAGCUUUUAAUGUGUGGCAUUUAGAAAAGUAUGUGCCAAAAAUAUGAAAAAAUCUUCAGACAGGGUCAUUUAAAAUGCCUUAUGUGGAAACAGGGUUGUUACUUUCCCUUUCUCAUUUAAUGUAGUCUUAAAGACACAUCGAACCAAUGGAUCUUAAAUCCCCAAAACAUAGGACACUAGGCGCACUACGAUGUGCACAAAAUGUAAAUGUGAGUAUCACUGUGUUAUAAUUAUUUGUUGUAGUUAACUUCUUUAACAUCUCAAUAAGAUGUUGUUAGCUAAAUAUUUUGUACCUACUGUAAUAAUCAACUAUUUAAUCUGUAGCAUGAUAUUUAUGUGUCACCGCGUAGGUCUUAAAAACUGCACCUUUGUUGGACCACGUUCAGCGGACAAUGUGGUGCUGAGUAAUAUAGGAAUAGCAAGAUAAUGUCUCAUUUAGGCAUCAGUGAGUGGCUACAGCUUGUGACAUUUUCACUGAUGUUAUGUUUAACUUUGAUCUAUAUUUUUACAGUGACUUUACGUGAAUGUGAUUUGUGUAAUACUAAGGUCUAAGUUUCCUCUAAGUUUGUUCAGUAACUGACAGUGAUGUUCUUUGAAUGUAAU